AUGGGAAGCAGGUGCCUUCCCCUGCUCUCAGGUCUCAGUGUCUUGCUGGCUUUAUCAGGAUCAGGAGCCACGAAUUCUGGAGCUUUCUGUCAAUGCCCUGAAAAUGCCAUCUGCUACAACAGCACUCAUUGUGCUUGUGAAAAUGGAUUCCAGUCCACAUCUGGGAGAAAAUACUUCUUUGGGACCUCUGGUAAAUGUGAAGAUAUUGAUGAGUGUAAGAUGGGGCUGGCAACGUGCACGCAGAAAGCAUAUUGUAAAAAUAAAAUAGGAAGAUACAUCUGCAGCUGUGUGAUACAGUAUACCGUCCUCAACUGGUUGGCUAGUUUAAUUGAUAUUGAUCAGUCAGGAUGUUAUGUUGAUUCCUUCGGGAAGCUUUCCAUGCACCCGGAAAAUCUGAAGAAAAAUGGAAGCAGAAAGGACUUUGCAAAAGAGGCUACCAAACUACUUCAGCAAGUGGAAUUGACCAUUUGGAAUCAAAGUUUUGCUUCUCCAGGAAAGGGUGAAAAUUCUAUAUUUGAUAUAGUCUAUGAAACCAAGAAGUGCACUGGGACAAGUGAAAUGACUCUUCUGGAAGCUGCAAAUAACACAGUCAAUAUCAACUGCACUGAUGCUUUCAGAGGAACCACAAGAGGUGAAAGUGCUGUUGCACUUAUCACUUACCGAUCUCUUGGGGAUAUUCUGAGUGGAUCCUUUUUUAAUAAUAGACGUGAGAUGCAGAGAGUAAAACUGAACUCUCGUGUUGUGAGUUGCACCACUGGUUUGAAGGAAAAAGUUUACCUGUCUAAACCUGUGUUCCUGACUUUGCAACAAACUCAGCCUGGUGGUGAGAGAGCAAAACAUUUCUGUGUCUACUGGGAAGGAUCAGAGGAGGGGGGCAGCUGGUCAACAGAGGGCUGCUUUCACGUGCACAGCAAUGAUUCUUAUACCACAUGCAAAUGCUUCCACCUGUCCAGCUUUGCUGUCCUCCUGGCUCUUACUCACAAGGAGGAUCCCACCCUGACUGUGAUCACCUACGUGGGGCUGAGUCUCUCUCUGCUGUGCCUCUUCCUGGCAACCGUCACCUUCCUUUUCUGCCGGCCCAUCCAGAACACGAGCACCUCCCUGCACCUGCAGCUCUCCAUCUGUCUCUUCCUGGCCCACUUCCUCUUCCUCACGGGCAUCAACAGAACUAAGCCUGAGGUGCUGUGCUCCCUCAUCGCAGGGGGGUUGCAUUACCUGUACUUGGCCGCCUUCACCUGGAUGCUUCUGGAAGGGCUGCACCUCUUCCUCACUGUCAGGAACCUCGCGGUGGCCAAUUACACCAGCACAGGCAGAUUUAAGAAGAGCUUCGUGUACCUUGUAGGCUACGGGACUCCAGCUGUGAUUGUGGCUGUGUCUGCCAUAGUUGGACACAAGCAUUACGGAACAGAUACUCACUGCUGGCUCAAGCCUGAUAAAGGCUUCAUCUGGAGCUUCAUGGGACCAGUGGCAGUCAUUAUCUUGGUAAACUUGGUGUUCUACUUUCACAUUCUGUGGGUUUUGAGAAGCAAAAUUUCCUCCCUCAAUAAAGAAGUUUCUACCAUCCAGAACACCAGAGUCCUGACAUUUAAAGCCAUUGCUCACUUAUUUUUACUGGGAUGUUCUUGGGGCCUUGGUUUUUUUAUGGUUGAAGAACUGGGGAAGAUGGUCGGGUGGAUCCUUGCCUACUCUUUCACCAUCAUCAAUGUCCUGCAGGGGGUUUUGUUCUUUGUGGUACACUGUAUCCUCAAUCGCCAGGUGCGAAUGGAAUACAAGAAAUGGUUUGGUGGCAUGCGGAAAGGGGUUGAAACCGAAAGCACUGACAUGUCUCGCUGUACUACCAACACCAAAAUGAAACCACUGUCAUCACUGAAACGAUGUGUCCUUCUACCCUUCAAGAGUGUCCUGCUGGCCCCCUUCCUGCUGGCCCCCUUACUGCUGGCACAAUGA